GAAAGAGGUAAGUUGGUGCACUUCUCCACCCAGUGCAAUUUCCAGCAGUGAGGUAGGGUCAGCCCUCACGCAGCCAUCCGCCCUUCCUCCUGCCCGCACCCAACAUGGCGGCGGCUAAGCGCGCUGCCUACGUCCUUCCUCUGGCGCAUGCGCAAGGGCGGGAAGCGCCCUCCUGCGCGGCGAGAGCUGCGCGUGCCGUGACCGUGAGGCAUGUGGCGGCUCGCGCGGCCCCUGAGGCAGAGCGGCUCGAGCUGGCAGCUGGGCGGCGCGGCCGUCGCUCGGUUGACGGUCGCGGCGGGGUCUCUGGCGCCGAGCGGGAGUCCCGGCGGCUGGUACGAGUGGCUGGCGCAGUCAGUCCCCGUGCACUGGGCGGAAGAUGGGCUGGUGGCACUGCAGGCGGCCGCGGGGCUCCCGUGGUGGGCCGCCAUUGUGUGUGGCGGCGCCCUGCUCCGCAGCGCCGUCACCUUGCCGCUGGCCGCGCACCAGGGCCGCCUCCUGGCCAAGUUGGAAAAUUUGCAGCCUGAGAUUAAAAAACUAGCUGAGCAGCUUCGCAAUGAAGUUUCUGUUCGUGGAAAGCAACUGGGUUGGUCUGAAAAGGUUGCCAGGUUCCAUUUUAAGAAGAACCUGCGGAGGAUUAUUACAGAACUGUAUAUUCGAGACAACUGCCAUCCAUUCAAAGCCACUUUAUUGGUGUGGGUACAGGUUCCAAUGUGGCUCUGUGUGUCCCUUGCCUUGCGCAACUGCAGCAUUGGUGCCUUGGACUCAGAAGUUCAAGAACAGUUUUCGACAGGUGGAACACUGUGGUUUACAGACCUCACAGCACCAGAUUCUACAUGGAUUAUGCCAGUUUCACUUGGACUCUUGAAUUUGCUGAUAGUGGAGAUCUUUGCUUCGCAAAAACUGGAAGCUUCCAGGUUCCAGAAGCUUGCUACAAAUUUCUUUAGAGUGUUGUCAGUAAUAAUGAUCCCUGUUGCUGCAACAGUGCCCUCGUCCAUGGCGUUGUACUGGUUGUCCUCAAGCUUCAUGGGACUCUCACACAACCUGUUGCUCCGUUCUCCGACCUUUCGCCGACUGUGUUGCAUUCCGAGGACCAAAUCUGACUCAGAUACUCCUUACAGGGAUAUCGUGUCUGCCUUGACUACCAAAUAUAGUUUUAAGAAAUGAUGUGCUUUGAACUGUCAGAAGAGCUAUCCCACAAAACCAGCGCAUGCAAUCGAGAAGUGGUAUUUUGUUGACAUGCUCACUGUAAAGUGCUACAGCUGGAAUUAUAUUUAUUUUCCAAAUAAAACCUCGAUCAUCUGGCUAUAAAGAAUGGUUCAUCAACAAGUGUAUGUUUUGGGAGGUUUGGUUCCAAGGAUGUUAGUUUUGCAAUUUGAAUGGUCCAGUAACACAAGUUUGUCGCCUAAAUUGUAAAGAGUUGUGAAGAUAAAUAAAACGUGACUAAUCUCGGCUGCUUUCAUGUAGUGAAGCUGAUCUGAUCUAUGGAACGAGAGUUUUGGGGGUUGGGGAGAGGGUGGAUGGACUGUGCAGUUACUGGCUUGUUUCUUAAUUUAGAUGUCAUCAGUUGAUAUUCACGUGGUUCAUGUGGCAGUCUCUGUAACAGUCCUCAUACAUGAUUUCCUCAAACUGCAAAGUAAGCCGGGUCAUUAUCCAUCUUUCUGCACUGGAUUUGGAAUUAGGAGGACAAGUUCGUUGUUUCUGGUGAAUGUUUGCUGAGUGACAGCGUUAUGUCAGGUUUUUUUUAUGUGUCAGUGUAAUUACAUGUGGGCACUUCCUGCAGGGUUGAUCUGUGUUUAUGUGUAAACUUGCUCUGCCUGCAUUUUAAGUCAGCAGAUGUACAUUGUGAUGAAACUUAUGCUUCUUUGCACAAAAGUUCGUGCAAGUCUGGUCCUCAAAGGUAAUUUUUUAUCUUAUAGAAGCAGAAAUUAGGGUAGAAGUCUUUUUUAUGCCAUAUGGUUCUCAUACCACGAAAACAAGAUGAUUCAUGAUGUAUAUGUUAGAGUCAGUGCUCAAUAAUCUUUGGUAAGUGGAAGUUGUCUUUAAAAUAAUUGUGGUUAUUUGUGUGUUUGUUUUUGUUUCUUUUGUUUACUUUUUUUGUGUUGGUUGGUUGGUUAGUUGACUGGUUGUUUUUGUUUGUUUUGAGAGAAAACUGUUCAGCAUUGAGAAAAGAGAAAACACAGAGUACGAGGCUGACAGCAGCCAACAGUAGGAAAUCAGUGGUCACGUGCCUUCAUCAAGGCUCUGUGCUCCUUUGUUUUAUUCCUUUUGUUCAUUUGUUUCUUGUGUCCGCAUUUCCCUUGUGGAGCAAAAGAUGGGCCUGAAGGAUUCAUCAAGAUUUUGGGCUAUCUACAUGCAGGGAUGGCUUUUCAGAAUUUUUGUUAGAACUUAAGCACUGGUAGUUUUCAGUCCUGAUGUCGCGCUACAGAACGCGGGUGUAUUUUCGCUGGGGGCGUUUGUGAUGUUCUCUCUCAUAUUUGCUUCAGGGGCAUAAAAAAAAAUCAUAAAUGUUAUUUUCUAAUUACAUUCUAUUUACUGUUCAUCAGUUUUACUGUUUCUUUAAGAGUAACGGUGAAUGUAAUCCUCUGUAAUAAGCUUGCUUUCUCAAAAAGGUAUUUGCUUCCCUUUUGAGGUUGCAGUCGGAGGUUGUGCCGUUGUUUGCAAACAUGUAUGCAGUUCUUAUUUACAGGAAAAUGGGUUUGUUAUGACAGUGAGGAAGUACCUUUGCAAGAUUUUGUCAUUUUGUGUCAUUUUAAAUGUUGGAGAAUGAUUCACUUAACAACGUUGCUGUCAGGUCUGGCUGGAUGCAAAAACAAGACAGUGAAGCUUGCUGUUGAUUUUUGCUUCUAGAUUUACAAAAGGGGUGGUUGGUUUACUUCAUGACCUCAAAUAGCGUAGCAGGAUUUAGAGUGUGUAUUUAUGGCUCCUGCUAAAGCCAGAGGGAAGCUUUUCCUCAUCUGAAAUGGUAAUGGGGUAAGACCCAAAGGGCACAGCUGAUAAUUUUCUUGUGUUGGGUGUCAUUUAACUAAGGGUAGCAUGAGUAGGCCCUUCUUAUUUCUUAAUGGUUUUAUAAUUGUUUCACCUUAAACCUCUGCUAAGGUGGUGAAGACUGUGUGAUUUCUCUCAGUGAUAGUGAGGUCAAGUGGUAGGUUGAACAGAUGAUAAAUAAACGUGAAAAAUAAUAAAAAUUAAUACGGAGUUGAAAGAGUAAGCAGAUGGUCUACAAAGUGUCUGACUAAAAGGGAACUGGUUGUAGAUAAGAAAGGUCUUAAGUGUUUUCGAGGAAGAAGAUGAGAAUGUGUUGGGGAUUUUUUUGGUUCUGUUUUUUCAGCAAUUGCGGAAAGCAUUGCGCCUCAAAUUUACAAGAUGCUGCGACAGGAAUUGUCUUUCUUUGGGGAUACGUUUCAGAGAAAGUGCUAGUUCAUUUAAGUGGAGCCUGAAGAUAUAUUUCACAGUACCCUGAAUGUUGAAUAUCUGCAGACCUGUACAUUUUCUGGGAGCAAAUAAAGUCUACCAUGUGGCUUUUUUGGCUGUCUCUAGGUGUUGAGGUGACAAAACCUAGCCUCUCAAAAUGUAGCUCUGUUUAAUGAAGUUCCUAACUGUACCUGCAGUUUACAUAUGCAUUCUGUGUGUGUAAAUUGAGAGUGAAGAAAAAGCAAAAGUUCUAUGACUUUUUUUCAGAACAUCGGUUAAAUAUAAAAACCAAGUAUGGUUACAAGUUGAAAACUCAUACAGCCAGCGUCCUUCAGGAAGAAACAGUAUGAUUACGGAAGAGUUGUUUAUUUCAUUCGCAAACACACACACAGAGGAGCUGUUCCUCUUUGCCUGUCCCAGUUUUUGUAGGCAUCCAGAAAUUUCACAUUUCUGCAAUACCACUGUUUUAUCUCUGUCAGAAGUGCUAGCAAUUUUGGGUAAGGAGUAUUUUGUUGUCUCUCCUGUGGAAAGGAAUGCAAUGAGUAAAAGAAACUGAGUUUUUUUUGGUUGUUUUUGUUUGCUUGGUUUUUAAAGUAUUUUCGUUCCCUUUGGUCCCUGAGUGUACAGGUACGUACACAAUCCACCGCAGUAAGUGAACACUGUGAAAAAGAACUGCUUGAAGGUAUCCUGCACAGCAGUUCUCCUUUCAUUGCUUGACAGGGCAGCAGAUGAGGGGAAAUACUAAUGGUUUUAUGUGUGAAGCAGACAGAGAUGGUGAUAACUACAGAAUGGGAAUUGUAAUUCUUCCAGUAAGGAAAGCACUGACGACUUCGACUGGUAUUUUUAUUUCUGAAUUAUGUAGCAUUAGUUCAGGCACAAAGGAAGUUGGCAUGGUACUUCAACCCUAACUGCAGACUAGUUGCUCAUGUCUGGCUACACCCUUGCAUUUUGGUUGCUACUGUACUUCGUUUACAUUGUGCUCAUUGAAGACGUGUCUUAGCCUUUCAGUUGAUUGCUGGAGCAAACAGUGACUGAGAUCCCAAAUUUCUACAUUUCAGCAAGUUAACGGUAUCUAUCAAAGUACUACCUAACAAUAAGCUUCCUGUGCAAUACAAACAAAGCUUCUAAUUUACAUAUAGUGUCUUGAUAUUAAGUUAGUAGAUCCUGCUCCUCAAACUCUUUAAAUUCUUUCGAGACAAUCAAAAGCAUUGGAAUACUUAAAUUGUUUUUCCUAGCGUUGCCAAAAAAAAAAAAAACCCAACCCUCUGAAGAGCAGAAGCAAG